AUGACAACUAUCUUAAAUAUCGAGAAACAUGAUAUACAGUUACCGAAUAGUAAAGAUAAUGGUAAACUAGCGUUUUUUUUAUUAAAUGUAUUUACACCUGAAGAAUGUAAACAAUGGAUUAAUAUGACAGAAGAACGUGGUUAUAGUCCAGCUUUAAUAAAUCUUGGUGUACAACAAGUUUUAAUGAGUAAUAUUAGAAACAAUGAUCGUUGUAUGAUUGACGAUGUUGCUAUGGCACAAACAAUAUUCGAACGAAUUAAAACAUAUUUACCGAAUGUAUUCAAAAAUCAUCAAUUAGUUGGACUCAAUGAACGUCUUCGUUUUCUUCGUUAUGAUCUAGGACAGAAAUUUGAAAAACAUCUCGAUGGUACGUAUUAUCGUGAUGAUGGAUCAUUAGAACGAAGUUAUAUUACAAUACAACUUUACUUAAAUGAAGGUUUUCAAGGUGGAGAAACAACUUUUGUUCAUGUUUUGGAUGCAACUAAAAAUGUUUCAUGCAUACCACGUACAGGAAUGGUACUUGUAUUUCAACAUGAUUUACUUCAUGAAGGUUCACCAUUGAUGAAAGGUCGGAAAUACACAGUUCGCACUGAUGUUAUGUAUAAACCUCUUAUGUCGGAAACAUAUUGUAAUUCAAAUUCCUCAACCUAA